AUGAAUAACCUAGUGUCGGACUUUGCCUUGUUCAUCCAAGGCUCUAAAAAUCAUGAAGAACUGAGACUCAUCCUGGUUGGUAAAACAGGAUCAGGAAAGAGUGCGUCUGGAAACACCAUUCUGGGGAAUACAAACGCUUUCAAAGAGGGCAUGUCACCUGAGUCUGUUACUGAUGGCUGUCACAGAAAAGAGGUAGAAAAAGGUGGAAGAAAAAUUGUUAUAAUUGACACUCCAGGGCUGUUUGACACAACCAAAUCACAAGAUGAAGUGAAAUUAAACAUUAAGGAGUGCAUUGAGGAGUCAGUUCCUGGACCCCAUGCUUUUCUUUUAGUGAUCAGUCUGAAGUCAAGGUUCACACAAGAGGAACAGGAUGCUGUCACGUGGAUUCAAGAAAACUUUGGUUCCGAAGCUUCCCUAUACACCAUAGUUCUGUUUACACAUGGUGACCUGCUGCAGGAUAAAUCAGUGGAAGACUAUUAUAAAGAAAGCAUACAUCUUAGAACACUGAUAAACCAGUGUGGAGGAAGGUACCAUUCACUCAUCAAUAAUCAGAAAGAAAGCAGAAAACAGGUCAAAAAUCUUCUAGAUAAAAUAGAGGAAAUGGUGGAAUUGAAUGGAGGAAGUCACUACACCAAUGAGAUGUAUGAGGCAGCCCAGAAGAGACUUGAAGAAGAAAGGGAAAAGAGGAGGAGGGAGGAAGAGCAAAGAAAAAGGGAAGAAGAGGAGAGGAUCAAAUUAAAAGAGUGGUGUAAAUUUCUUGGUCUCACUUCCCUGGGAUUAUUUGGUGCAGGAGCAUACUUUUCAUCAUAUGCUCUCAUGGCAAUAGGGGGAGCACUUGGAUAUUCUCAGUUAAAUUGCACAAUGGGAAUGUUUACUUAAGUGUGGGAGAUAGGACCACUAAACCUACACCACUCCUCCAGCAAAGAAAAAAAUAAGUCAGGCAUCCAGUGAUGGUUGUACUUUUUAUUAUAUAAUACUGUGGUGCCAUUUCUGACCAAUCACUUGACAGGGUUUUUUGUUACAUAAAACUGACUACUUAAUAAAGAAAUACUUUGUAGUGUGUUCAUAUAGCAUAUUUAUUUUACUCUACUGAGUCAUUUAUAUGAUCCUUAGUAUAACUCAACUUCUAUCAUCUUCUGUCAUAUAGACAGAGGAACUUGGAAA